UCUGCCAUCGUACAGUCUGUUCUCUGCACUUCCAUCACUGUCUGGUUCGGAUUGCCCACCAAACUAGACAGAACAGACUGCAACGGACAAUCAGGUCUGCAGAGAGGAUAAUUGGGACCAACCUCCCAUUUAUCAAGAUUACAACUCUUCCUGCUUUAAGUGCAAUAUUCUGAACACAGGGGAAGAACUUGGAGUAAAAUACAAACGUAUCUGUCCUCGGUUGAGAUCGACUUCAAAGGUACAAUGGCGAACUUCUGCUGUGGUCUGCUAACUGCCAAGAGGGAACCAGUUCCUCUGAAGAGCGUGGAGGUGGAGCUGGAGGUGAAGGACCACGUGGCCACAGUGAUCUCCACUCUGAUCUACGAGAACAAGGAGGACAAACCGCUGGAGGCCGUCUUUGUCUUCCCUCUGCCUGCAGAUGCAGCCGUGUGUCAUUUCAGUGCAAAGGUUGGACAGACGCACGUCGUUGCUGAGGUGAAGGAGAAGCAGCAGGCUCGUGAGGAGUAUGACGAUGCUUUGAGCUCCGGCCAGCAGGCCUUCCUGUUGGAGGAGAGUGACCAGAGUCCAGACAUAUUCCGUCUGAGCGUGGGCAGUCUGCCCCCGGGAGAGAGCGCCUCCAUCAGGCUGGAGUAUGUCACCGAGCUGGCUGUGCAGGCUGACGACGGUCUGAGGUUCUGUCUGCCUGCUGUUCUCAACCCUCGCUACCAACCUCCAGGUAGUGAAGGAGCCAGUGUCCAGGUGAGCUCCGUUCCAGCCUCCAUGGUGCCUUACACUCUGUCCUUUUCUGCACGAGUGUCGUCUCCUCGUCCAGUCUGGAAAGUAGAGUCCAGCAGUUCCCUGGAGCCUCUUCAGUACCUCAACCCUGAACAGACGCAGGCUACUGUGAAGUUGGCAGCAGGACACAAGUUUGACCGAGACGUUGAGCUGCUCAUUUAUUACAAAGACGCCCACCAGCCGUCUGCAGUGGUGGAGGCAGGACAGGACUCAGCGACUUGGCGCCAUGGUUUCGUCCAUGGCGCCAAGAGACUUUUUUUUAAGUUGCGACAUGAUACAGGCUCUCUGAUGGGGGACCCAGUGGUGAUGGUGAGCCUGUACCCUGAGUUCCCUCAGGCCGUGAUGUCCUCGCUCGCCUCGUGUGGGGAGUUUGUGUUCUUACUGGAUCGGUCUGGGAGCAUGGACUGUCCCACCAGUCACAACAAGCAGGAGGAAACCCGCAUCGGCAGUGCAAAGGACACUCUCCUGCUGCUGUUGAAGAGCCUGCCUGUGGGCUGCUACUUCAAUAUCUACAGUUUCGGAUCGGACUUCGGACACAUCUUCCCGAAGAGCGAGGAGUACAGCGAGAAGAGCAUGGAGGAGGCUCUGAAGAAAGUGGAGGAGAUGUCGGCCGACAUGGGGGGAACAGAGAUCCUUCAGCCGCUCAAACACAUCUACAGCCAGCCCUGCAUUCCCAACCAACCCAGACAACUGUUUGUCUUUACUGACGGAGAGGUGUGCAACACAAAGGAAGUUAUCAAUCUGGUUAAGAAGAAUGCAGGUUCCCACAGGUGCUUCUCUUUCGGGAUUGGCGAAGGAGCCAGCUCCGCUCUUAUCAACGGGUUGGCCAAGGAGGGCGGAGGUCAUGCCGACUUCAUUACUGGAAAUGACAGGAUGCAACCAAAAGUGAUGCAGGCGUUGAGAUUUGCACUCCAGCCAGCUGUGGAAAGCAUCUCAGUCACAUGGGAUUUACCAAAGGAAGUGUCUGCCACCGUCCUCUCUCCACCCAUCACAACCAUCUUCCAGGGUCAAAGAUCACUGAUUUACGCUCAGCUAUCUGGAAAGAGUUCGAAGGCAGCAGAGGGCUGUGUGACGGUGAAGUACAGCCUGGCGGGUCAUCCCUCUCAAAACCAGCUGCACUUCAGCCUCAAACCUGCAGGAGAUACUGGGUUAACGGUCCACAGGCUGGCCGCUCGGACUCUGAUCCGUUCCCUGGAGCUCGAGGAGGGACUGUCCAGAGGACAGAAAGAUGAAGCUGUGAAGAAGAAGGUGGUGGACCUCAGUGUCCAGUCAGGAGUAAACAGUUCUUUUACUGCCUUCAUUGCUGUCAACAAAAACAACGGCCAGUCAAUUCAAGGACCUAUGGUACGCAGAGACGUUCCAACACCCAUGUUUUGUGGCUCACCAAUGACUGUUUAUGGAUCUAUGUGUGCACCUCAGGAAGACUCAGAAGACUCAGAAGACUAUGAAGACUAUGAUAAUGGAUACAUUCAAUCAGCCUUCUGUGAGGAUUUUGGAAUGAUUGAAACAGUAAAAUCUAAAAGAUGUCUGAAGGGGAAACAGAUAAAAAAAAGUAUAGGUAAAUCUGCUGAAACCCCUGAACCCCAGCAGCGCAGGAAAGACCCUCUGCUGCAGCUGGUGUCUCUCCAAAAGGCAUCUGGCUGCUGGAUGCUGGACGCAGCUCUGGCCUCCGUGCUGGGAAAGACCAGUGAAGAGGUGGAAAAGUCCAAGCCUGCACCGUUUUUGCUGAAAAAGGUCAACAAGGAAGUGUGGGCAACCAUCCUGGCUCUGAUGUGGCUUCAUGCUUUUAAGACGGAUGCUAAAGUGGAGUGGGAGCUUCUGGCUCUGAAAGCUGCAUCCUGGCUUCGGGCUCAGAAUGCUCCGUGUAUGACAGAGUGUGUUGCUGCUGGAAAUGCACUUUUGGGCUGUAAUGUGCAGGCGGAUGCUCUGAAGAUCUGAACUAGUCGCUGACGUGGCUUCAUCUACAACAUUGAUGACCUGAAGUGUAUUUACUCCUCCCAUCAGCCUUGUUAAUGAGUAUUGCAAUUUGUAAUAUUUACCUCUCAUCUCUAAUGUGCCUUUGAUAUAGUUGCACUGCAUAAAUGUUACAACACACAAAAACCUUUAUUUGUUAUUAUAGAUUAAAACUUCCUGUAAGUGCACUCAUUUGUGUAACUGUAACAGCUAUAACGAUGGUGUUGUUGCCACUGAAGGACAACCAAAAUAAACAAAUUAAUAAAACUG